AUGGCUGAUGGCAACGAGGAUCUGCGGGCGGACGACUUGCCUGGGCCAGCCUUCGAGAGCUAUGAGUCCAUGGAGCUCGCCUGCCCCGCCGAGCGCAGCGGCCACGUAGCCGUCAGCGACGGGCGCCACAUGUUCGUCUGGGGCGGCUACAAGAGUAAUCAAGUCAGAGGACUAUAUGACUUUUAUCUGCCUAGAGAAGAACUAUGGAUCUACAACAUGGAGACUGGAAGAUGGAAAAAAAUCAACACUGAAGGUGAUGUUCCUCCUUCUAUGUCAGGAAGCUGUGCUGUGUGUGUAGACAGGGUGCUGUACUUGUUUGGAGGACACCAUUCAAGAGGCAAUACCAAUAAGUUCUACAUGCUGGAUUCAAGGUCUACAGACAGAGUGUUACAGUGGGAAAGAAUUGAUUGCCAAGGAAUUCCUCCAUCAUCAAAGGACAAACUUGGUGUCUGGGUAUAUAAAAACAAGUUAAUAUUUUUUGGAGGGUAUGGAUAUUUGCCUGAAGAUAAAGUAUUGGGAACUUUUGAAUUUGAUGAAACAUCUUUUUGGAAUUCAAGUCAUCCAAGAGGAUGGAAUGAUCAUGUACAUAUUUUAGAUACUGAAACAUUUACCUGGAGCCAGCCUAUAACUACUGGUAAAGCACCUUCACCUCGUGCUGCCCAUGCCUGUGCAACUGUCGGAAAUAGAGGCUUUGUGUUUGGAGGCAGAUAUCGAGAUGCUAGAAUGAAUGAUCUUCACUGUCUUAAUCUGGAUACAUGGGAGUGGAAUGAAUUAAUUCCACAAGGCAUAUGCCCAGUUGGUCGAUCUUGGCACUCAAUAACACCAGUUUCUUCAGAUCAUCUUUUUCUCUUUGGAGGAUUUACCACUGAUAAACAGCCACUAAGUGAUGCCUGGACUUACUGCAUCAGUAAAAAUGAAUGGAUACAAUUUAAUCAUCCAUAUACUGAAAAACCAAGGUUAUGGCACACAGCUUGUGCCAGCGAUGAAGGAGAAGUAAUUGUUUUUGGUGGAUGUGCCAACAACUUGCUUGUCCAUCACAGAGCUGCACACAGUAAUGAAAUACUAAUAUUUUCAGUUCAACCAAAAUCUCUUGUACGUUACAGUUAAGAGAAAGAAGGCCCAGGAGCAGUGGUUCACGCCUGUAAUCCUAGGACUCUGGAAGGCCCAGGCUGAGGCGGGUGGAUCGCAUGAGCCCAGGAGUUCAAGACCAGCCUGGGCAACAUGGAGAAACCCCAUCUCUACAAAAAAUACAAAAGUUAGCUGGGCAUAGUGGGUGCCUGUAGUCCCAGCUACUCGGGAGGCUGAAGGGGGGAGGAUCACCUGAGCCCAGGAGGUAGACGUUGUGGAGAGCCAUGAUCCUGUCACUGCACUGGGUGACACCAGCCUGGGUGACAGAGACCCUGUCUCAAAAAAAAAAAGGAAAAAAACUAUUGGAUAUUACCUGAGUUGCAGAAACCUGUGUUGUGGAUUAAAAUGAUGCAGUAAUAACCACAAAUAGAUGGGACUAAUACCUUGGCUAUACCACUAUUUCUCGUCCUGGGGAGAUUCUGCCCUCAGAAGACAAUGGGCAAUGUCUAGAGAUAGUUUUGGUUGACACGAUGAAGGGUGAGAAGGAAGAGGUAGGGGCUGCUACUGGGAUCUAGUGGGUAAAGGCCAAGGAUGUCGCUAACCAUUUUAUAAUGAAUGGGACAGACCCCAUAACAAAGAAUUAACAACCCCUAAUGUUAAUAGUGCCAAAGUUGAGAAACCUGGGCUAGAACAGCCUUCUCUCUUACCCAUUAUUCAGGAGAAAUCCCAGAGUUCUUAUUUGCUGUGCUGCCUGUGAGACUGCCCCCAUUUAUUGAACAAUAUGAAUAAACUUAGAUUUAGGACAGAA